UUCAACACUGUCACUCCGCCCGCCACCAUCACCACCCACGAACCAUCCUCCUUUCACUUUCUAUCCCCUUUUACACUACAAAUAGCUUCACGUUUAUUCACUUUACCAUGACAGACCAAAACCAACCACCGCAAGAUCCUCCACCUAACAUGGGCGAAGGAAAGCCUCCUAAACCCAACCCUCCAACCCCCGUCCGAGGAGGCGCAGCACGCCGGUCCUUCUGCUUAUGCGUUUUCAUCUUCCUCCUCUUAGCAGGUGCCGCGGUACUCACCGUGUGGUUCAUCUACCAUCCCCGCAAGCCUCGUUUCAUCAUCGUCGGUGCCGCCGUCUACGAACUCAACGCCACCUCACAACCCUUCAUUUCCACUUCCAUGCAGUUCACCAUCGUUAUGAGAAACCCCAACAAGAGAGUCUCCAUCUUUUACAACAACUUGCAAGCUUACGUCUCGUAUAGAAACCAACAGAUCACUCCUACAAUAGACUUGCCGCCUCUGCACCACAAGACGAAGAGCACGGUGUCUCUGUCGCCUGUACUCGGCAGCGGGAUGGUCCUGGCGUCGGGGGAGGUGGUGAAUGGACUGAUGAUAGACGAGACUUACGGUGUGGUAGCGUUGAAGGUGGUGCUGUUGGGGAAAUUAAGAUGGAAAGCCGGUGCUAUCAGGACAUUGAAGUAUGGAUUUUACGUGAGAUGUGAUGUUUGGGUUGGUUUGAAAAAGGGUUUUGUCGGACCCGUACCUUUGCUCGGAGCUCCUCCUUGUAAAGUCGAUAUAUGAAACUCCAUUGCUAAUGCAUAUGUAGCUUUGGUACUUUUUUAUUUUUUCCUUGUAAACUAUCUGUCGACAUGCAGAAGAAAUCAUAAACAACAAGAAUCAUUGUUGCAGAGAGGAA